CUCUCCAAGGACCAUCGCCUCUGAAAAAAAAAGAAAAAAAGCUGGAGAAGGGCAAUUUAUCUUUCUUUUCCAGAUGACUGAAAAUAUCUACAGGAUCCUGUCUCUCCGGUUGUCAUCUGUGAGUAGCAUAAGUGAGAGGCGGCUGAGGAACAAAAAUGAUAUCGGUCAAAAUCAUUCCAGCACCUACUUUUUCCUAAGGAACUUCAUGCCCGUAGGGGUUUUCUGCGGGCAUUUGCAGGAGUGAGACCGAGGUACCACAGAUGCAUCCCUAUCGGAUCAUGUAAGAAUUUGCAAAUGAGAAACAUACCCCAUCCAGACCUUCUGUGCCCGCUUUGCAGUACAUGGUUUGGUGUAAGCACAGCAAUUCUCACCUCUUUCUCUCCCUUUUAAGUCUCUUGAGCUUGGAGACCUCUUUCCUCAUUGCAAUUAUGAUUAUUUGCAACAUCAGUGCCAUCAAAGAUUGGAGCACUUUCCUUUCCCAAAUCCUCCCCAGCGUUAACAAGACUCUGAACUUGGUACAGCAAGUGGAAGCCAUCACCAGCUCGGUGGUAAGUGUCCUCCAGGACCCCGAACAGGACAACUACCUGUCCAAUAGCCAGUCCAUGAACUCCAGCAACUUCACAGCUGGCCUGGACCACUUGUUCCAGUACUCAUACUCGGACAAUGACCAGCUCUACAAGGAGUACAAACCCCCUCCUCGAGAUGCCAUUCCUCUGCCCAAGGCUGUCCUCUACCUCCUCAUGGCAGCCCUGGUGGUGGUGGCAGUGGCAUACGCCAUCGUCGGGCAUCUCAUCAAGGACCUCAUUUACGACUUUGUAGACUGGAUCUUUGGCCCCAGCCCGGAUGACAACAGCAACAAGAGCGACAUCAACUGCAUCAGCAACAGCGUCAACGAGAUGAGCGAGAUGCCCGAGGCGGCGCGGCACCGCGAGCGCCAGCCCCAGGACGUGGUCAUUGCCAUCAGCGAGACCUGCCACCUGCCACAGCAGACGUGACCAGCAGCAGGAGGGAGCAGCAGGAGGGAUGGAGCAGAGGGAUGCAGCAGUGGGACAGCGCAGCAGCCACCUUGCAGGACCGGGCAGGGAGAGGAAGGGAUGGGCAGACCUGGCACCAUGGAGCAAAGCUCUUCCCCCCUGGUUUUACCAGCCUCUAAGGACCUUGCCAGGGUGGGUGGCAUCACCCCUUCUCCCAGGCUUGUCAGCCCUGUCCUGACAUCUGCCCUUGGGUUUGUGACCCCCUCUUUGUUCCCUGUGAAUAGCAAAAAAGAAAAAGCAAAUGCAAAAUACACCCACCGAACAAAGCUUGCAAGAGAAAUGAGCUGGAGAGAGGCCGGGCGCUCUGUCCAGUGGUGUGGGAAUGGGGUGGGAAAAAGGGCAGAGGAGACAAGGAGGCUGCAGAGAAAUGUGUUUGUCUGCAUUUCUGGGGACAGGCCCAGGACACAGCAGGGAGCUGGGAGCUGCAGAAAGGCACAGGUUAUAGUGAUGUGCCACAGAGCCAGUCCUGAGAAAAGGCCAUGGUCCAGACUUCUGCCUCUGCGUUCAGGGAGACAAGUCCUGACUUUUCCCAGCCUGCAGUACCCAGAACACCACAAAUA